CAAUACGCUACACUUUGCACUAGACCUAGAAUCUAGAUCUAUGCACUUUGCUGUGGCUGCUGGCUAAAGGCCCUACUGGCUUCCAAGAACUUCAACUUGUCAGGAAGGAAGCCUUUUAUCUUGUCUGUGUAUUGUGUAUAAAAUCAAAAUACAGCAACAUCCAAGAGACGAGUCGAGUCUAUUUUUUGAGAAAUAAUAUUAAAACGAUGCCAUAUUAAAAUAAAUUGACUGUUGUUGACCACAAGGCUCCAAUUUCUUAAAAUGGAGACUGACUACCCUCAUGCUGCAGAAGAAGAAUUUGAAUGUGCUAUAUGUAUGGAUAGUUACAGUGAGCCACAUGUGUUACAUCCCUGCCGACACAGCUUUUGCCUUGCAUGUAUUCAACGGUUACAAGCAGAGAAAACAGUUACUAAAUGCCCCAAGUGUCGAUCUGUAGUUCAGCGCUGUGAUCCUGACGCAGAAAUAAAUGAAAGACUCUCCUGUCGCCUGCUUCAGUGUGGGGAUUGCAAGAUGGAUGUUUUGGCCCUGUACAUGAAGCAACACAGAAUGAUUUGCCCCUCGGCAAAAACUCAACAGGAACUAGCCAGAGUUUCACAGGCUGGAGCAAGCAGGGGUCCUGCGGUGAACAGAUCAACAUUUUCCUGUCCGUACUGUGGUGAAGCCAACUUACUGUGCUCUCAGCUGGUGGACCACUGCAAUACACAACACUGGAACAGCAAAAAAAAAGUGGUGUGCCCAGUCUGUGCCUCCAUGCCUUGGGGUGUUUCGAACAUGAAAAGUUCCAACUUUCUCCAGCACCUCAAUAUGCGACAUAAGUUUGAGUACGAAACCUAUGUGGACUUUGGACAAGACGAUGAUGCUAUGUUGCAGGCAGCAAUCCAGGCGUCAAUUCAGGAGAAUUAGGUGCUGAGGAGGACUACAUCUAUAUUGCUGCACAGCCAGCUGUGUGUGUCAUGCUCAUGGGUUAGGCUAGGAGAAGUUGACACUUUGAGCUUCACAUACUGUUUGGUAGUGUUUUUUUAAAUUGCCGAUGCGGUAAACCUACACACACUAGAGAGACCUUAAUCUUUAAUCUUUUUUUUAAACCACGGUAUUGUGACAUGAUUAAUUAAGAGAAAACUUUGAAUUUUCACUGCUCUAUUAGUCUUUUCUUAGCAUUGUUUGGCAAAGUCUUUUGUCUUGACAAAAAAAAA